ACAAUUGUUAAAAGCCGGCGGCUCGGGCGCGUGGAGACGCACUUUCGGUCCGUAAACCGCGUUCGCCAUGUCACCGCGAGUCGUGCUCCGCCUCGCCGUCGUCCUCGCGACGAUCGCCGCGCUGGCGCGGUUCUGCGCCGCCGACAAGUGCAAGAAGAAGAUCCGGACGAUCAUCUACGACAGGUGCAACCUCCGCAGCAAGCGCAGCAGCCCGCUCCUCGACUCGUUCGGCGCCCUUCCAAGCGACAGGCAGCCGGGGCACGAGCACGCAGCCAAGCGCCAAAUCAUGUCGAUCCACGAGAUCUUCGUGGCGUCGAGGGUGCCGAUCUACCGCCUGUCGUACCCGAUCUACCCGAGGCACCAGUACGCGCCGCCUAUUCCGGCCAGCAACGCCGACGUCUAUCGGGUGCAGCCGCCGAGGGCCGAGUCCUUGCCGCAGGAGAGCCACAGCGAGGUGGGCUUCGAGAUGAGCUACGAGGAGAUGGUCGAGCUGCUCGACGAGUUCUACGAGCGCAUGCCGCGAGGCGCCAGGAGCCGCGAGGAGGUGCAGAAAGAGGUCUGGCCGCUGAUCGAGCAGUGCUGCAAGGACAUCGACCACUGCAAGAUGAGAACGGACUGUCCCUUCAACUGACCCUCUGCCCUCGCAAUUCCCCGGCUCGCCGACGUCGUUGCCACUCGACGCAUAUAACUUUGGACGCUGCAUGCGUUCUCUCGUGGGCGCCACUAUCGUCGCCUUAUCGUGGCGAACAUGUAUUUAUUGCUCUGUGUACAUGCGCGAAAGAGACACGUGUCGCGGGCGUGCCUCAGCAUCAUCUCUCUCCGUCUGUCUGUCUGUCUGUCUGUCUCUCUUUCUCUCUCGCUGCUGUUCUGUGUGUAACCCCAAUCUGGCGCUCGCUUGCACGGAGCGCCGCUGUAAAUAAAUAUCGCAAUUGUAAAAAAAAGCACAUGUGUAUGUCUACGAGACAAGUGUGCAACAAUAAGAGGAAUGCAUAGUA